CAGCUUGAGCACUGCUUUCCUUAUCCCUGUUUGCAUUGCGCAACAGCUUUACUGGCAGAGCAUAAAUGCAGCGCACAGAGUCGAUCAGGGUGUGAGUAGGCUGCAGAGUGGCAACUGAGAAGAACAUGCUGCUGUCCUUGAUCCUCACCGCCGGGCUCACAGCACUCGUAGCUGCUGGGCAAAAAGCAGAGCAGCCAGAAGUGGUGACCAAAUACGGCACUGCCCGAGGAUACCAAAUCAGAGUUGAUGCGGCUGAGAGGAGCGUAAAUGUCUUUCUGGGACUUCCUUUUGCUAAGCCUCCUGUUGGACCACUGAGGUUUUCUGAGCCCCAGCCUCCUCAGCCAUGGGAAGGUGUCAGAGAUGCCACUUCCUACCCACCAAUGUGUCUACAGGACAAAGUAACAGGACAGUUUGUUUCGGAUGUUGUUACUAAUAGAAAAGAAAAAGUUCAUCUCCGGAUGUCUGAAGAUUGCUUAUACCUGAAUAUAUACACACCUGUUUCUACAAAAACACAGGAGAAGCUGCCGGUCUUUGUAUGGAUCCAUGGAGGUGCAUUAGUUCUUGGAGCAGCAUCAUCCUAUGAUGGCUCAGCAUUAGCAGCCUUUGACAACGUGGUUGUUGUGGCAAUUCAGUACAGAUUGGGUAUAGCUGGAUACUUUAGCACUGGGGAUAGGCAUGCUCGUGGUAACUGGGGGUAUUUGGACCAAGUGGCAGCUCUUCAGUGGAUUCAGGAAAAUAUCAUACACUUUGGAGGAGACCCGGGAUCUGUCACCAUCUGUGGUGAAUCUGCAGGGGGAAUCAGUGUAUCUGCUCUGGUCUUAUCUCCACUGGCAAAGGGCUUGUUCCACAAGGCCAUUUCAGAGAGUGGUACUACAAUUAGGACUUUAUUCACUGAAAAGCCUGAGAAGGAAGCACAGAGAAUUGCUGCUGCAUCUGGCUGUGAAAAGUCCAGUUCUGCCGCUCUGGUUGAAUGCUUAAGAGGAAAAACAGAGGAAGAGAUAGUACAGAUAACUCUAAAAAUGGAUAUGACAACAUUGCAGCUAUGCCAUACCUCACCUGAGAAUUGUGAACAGGCAGCUGUGCACAUCAGUGCCUGUGUGGAUGGUGUAUUUCUUCCAAAGAGUCCCAGGCAAUUACUGUCUGAAAAAGCAAUCAAUGCAAUCCCCUACAUACUAGGAAUAAAUAACUGUGAAUUUGGAUGGGUCCUUCCUAAAAUGAUGAAAUUUCCUGAUUUUACACACGGUCUGGACAGAGAAGUUGCGUAUCAAUUGUUACAGAACUCAUUAGAGUCAUCAUUUGAGGGUGUUUCUUCUCACACUGUUGAUCUUGUAUUCAAUGAAUACAUUGGGAAAGCAGAGAGCCGUGCUCAGGUGCGAGAUGGCCUUCUUGAUGCAAUAGGAGAUCACAUGUUUACUUUCCCAGCCAUUGAAGUGGCUAGGUACCACAGAGAUGCUGGCCACCCAGUCUACUUCUAUGAAUUUCAACAUCGACCAAGCUCAGCCUCAGGCGUUGUUCCAGAGUUUGUAAAAGCAGAUCAUGCAGAUGAGAUUGCCUUUGUCUUUGGAAGGCCAUUCUUAGCAGGGAAUGCUACAGAAGGAGAAAGUAAACUUAGCAGAACUGUUAUGAAGUACUGGACUAACUUUGCUAGAAACGGAAAUCCCAAUGGGGAAGGCUUGGUGCAUUGGCCUCAGUAUGAUCUGGAUGAAAGAUACCUGGAGAUAGACCUCAUACAAAAGGCAGCAAAGAAACUGAAAGAAGACAAAAUGGAGUUUUGGGUACAGCUCACAGAACAGAUGAGGAGUGAAAGAAGGCGAGAGCACACAGAUUUGUGAGAGCUGCAGAGGAUACAGUUUCCUUUCACAGUCUGAAGAAUCCUAAUGGGGAAGGCCUGGCUGAAUGGCCAUUGCGUAAUCUAAAUGAAGAAUGCUUGGAGAUAAAUCUAAGACAAAGGAAAGCCAGAAAGCUGAAGGAGAAGAAGGUAGACUUCUGGGAAAAGGUGAUGUUUGAAAAGCCAACUAGGAAAAGAAUGGGAAACAAGAAAGCUCAUCUAGAGCUAUAAUUUACUGUCUAAACAUGCAUAAUAGGCAUAGUAUUUAGGAUUGCAAGAGGAAUUAUUUGAAAUAUUUUUGAGGACAAAAUAACGUGUCCCUUCCUUUCACCUUUUCUUUGCAGUUCUCAUAUUUACGCUUAUUCACUUAAUUUUUGUUAUGGCAGUGGAUCGAUUUCCACUUUGUGACCCUUUGCUUUUCCCUCGGUUCCCUCUGGUUCCACAAGAGAAGCCUCCCCAUUUAAUACAGUUAACAGAUCUGUCUGCUCCUCAGGCUUUUCUGCAGCUUUGCCAUUGCUGAAGAAGAAUCUGGCAGCAAUGUUGUGUUAAUCGAGUUCAAUCAAUAAAGAGGUGCUUUGCAAGUAAAA